AUGGAAAACUUGACUACCGUCAUUAUCUUUGCUUUCUUUGCCACUAGUUUGGGAAAAACCACAGAUUAUACAGGACAAAACUUAGCACACGUCCCUAUAGACUCCAUCGCGCCUGACACCCACACACUAAGGUUGUCAAAUAACAAAAUAACCCACCUCCCCUCUUUCAAUACAACUCCUGCAAUACGAUAUCUUUUUAUCGACAUCAACAAGAUGAACAACAUAUUACCACAAACGUUCCAAGGACUUUGUGAGCUAGUCUACCUUGAUGUUGACAGAAAUGAGAUCGUUUCUCUUCGUCAGUUCGCUUUUUCUUCACUCACAACGUUGUCCGAACUCAUUCUCUCACAUAACUACAUUUCUCACAUAUCAGAACGUGCUUUUUACGGUUUGGUAAGUCUGGACUUCCUCGAACUCUCAGGAAACCGCCUUUCUGUGUUUCCGAUGCGGGCCAUCAAGUUAGUCCCCACUAAACAUCUCUCUUUGGUUCUGCUUAGAUUAAACAACAUCAGUAAAAUACCGAGAGACAUAAAAGCAGUGCGUCCAGAGACUUCUUACGAUUUGCGAGGAAACCCUUUGCGUUGUCCAGAUGAAUCAAACAACACAUCUAACAACACAGAGAAGAACUCGAUCCCAACACUUUCUCCCUACGACGUUCCCAACUGGUCCAAACUCCGUCAGUUACAGAUGAGGCACGAUCUCGUCUCCAUGCCGCGACUCAAACCGCUGCUGCGGACACGACCCUUCUUACUACACAAGCAGAAAUCCAUCAAUACAGUAACGAUGAUACACUCGGGCAUUCUGGAGACACUGAGGAGGGACAGGAUCACUACGCCUCUGCGGCACCGCCCCCUCUACCUGUGUGUGACGGCUACGGUCCUGGAGCUACAGGACCGGACCCGCUACAACCCGGAGCUGGACAACCUGUCUGUCACAUGGAUGAAACUGAGUCCGAUGAGGAAGAAAGGCCCUACGGAAUGGCAACAGAAAAUCCAGUGUAUGACGACACAAACCUAA